AUGCCCUCGGGCGCCGAGGGCUCCCGCGCGCACACCUGCCCCUCCCCCUCCGCCCCUCCCUCCUCCUUCCGCACGUGUCUCCUUAGCUCUGUUUGCAAACUCGCCCAGGGCGCUCAGCUUGGGGAAGGACUAGGAGCUGGGGGGGCGGCAGGACGCGUGAAACCAUCCCGGGCAGUAGCCUGUCGUCUUGGGGAGCGGGAAAGCCCGCCACUAAGGAGAUCGCAGAGCGGCCCCGGGGAGUGGGAGCCGCGCUCUGAGGAGACGGCGCACCUCGCGCUCGCCGCCGCCCGCCUCCCUCUGCUUCCGAGGCCGCCGGGGUUUGGGCUGCGGAGGCGGCUGCACCUGGGGCUCUCCCCUGGGGUGGUAGGGGCGCCCCGCCGUCCCCGUCUCGGGCUAGGGCCCGAGCUGCGGCGGCUCCCUCGCGCGCCCUCGAGCCCGAGCCGGGCCAUGUUGCUGCUGCCGCCGCCACCAGUGGCGGCGCUGCUGCCGCCUCCCCCGCCCUGGCCCGGGGGGCUGCUGCUGCUGCAGGCCGGCGGGCCACCGAGCUGCUGCAGCGGCCGCUGCCGCGCAGGCCUAGCCGCCGCCGCCCGCUGCUCGUGGGCUGCCUCGUCGGACCCGCAUCCCGGGCUAGCCCCGCUUCAGCCUCAGCAGCAGCAGCAGAGCGGGCGGCGGCGCUGGCAACAGAGACGGAGAGGAGGAGCCGGAGCCGCGGCUGCCGGCGGAGGCGGAGCGGGCCGCGCGGCCUGUCCCGCCUGGCUGCUGCCCCUCCCUCCGCUGCUGCCCGUCCCCCUCUACCUUCUCCCGGUCCCCAUCGCCCGUAGCGCCCCGGCCCUCCUGCUCCCGAGGCUCGUGCUGCCCUGGGCUCCAGGGCCCGGUGUGUGGCCAGGGAAGGCCAGCGGGCUACUGCGAGGUUGGGCGGUCCCAGCCUUUGCCUUCUCCUCCUCCUCCGCCACCUGGGAGAAGUCCUUCAGGCCGGUCCAGGAGAUGGAUCCCCCGGGAAACGUACCUGUUGUAACUGAAAUAAAUUCGAAGAGAGGACAGGAAAAUAUGGAGCCAGGGAAAGAAGAUCCAAUGAAGAAGAAAAAUAAAAAGAAAAAAGAUUAUCGACCUAAUUAUUUCCUUUCUAUUCCCAUCACCAACAAAGAGAUUACAAGAGGAAUUCAGACUCUGCAAAACACAAUAAUACAGCAAGAUAAACGACUCUCCAAAGUAAUGACCAAUUGUGGUUCCUUCCACGUUACCCUCCUAGUGAUGCAUUUACUAAAUGAAGAGGAAGUUAACAUAAGUAUAGGUGCUCUUUUGGAGACAAAAGCACUAAUAGAAGAAAUACUACAAGGAAGAGAUUUAAAUUUACCAUUUCAAGGAAUUGGUAAUUUUGGAAAUCAGGUUGGAUUUGUGAAGUUGGCAGAAGGUGAUCAUGUAGCUACACUUCUUGAAAUAGCAGAGGCAGCUAAGAGAGCAUUUCAAGAACGAGGUAUCUUGGCAGGAGAAAAUAGAAGUUUCAAGCCCCAUUUGACCUUCAUGAAACUGUCAAAAUCACCAGAGCUCAGAAGAAAGGGAGUGAAAAGAAUAGACCCUGAACUCUAUGAAAAAUUUGCAGACCACAGAUUUGGAGAAGAAUCAUUGUACCGAAUAGACCUUUGUUCCAUGCUGAAGAGAAAGCAAAGCAAUGGCUACUACCACUGUGAAUCUUCCAUUGUGAUUGGUGAGUUGAGAAGCCCGAACACAGCAGUACUACAGGGAUACAGGAGCAAUAUAGCCCCGUGGCAAAGUGGUGAAAAGAAUGGAAGAGAGCCAGAUGAUGCUGAACUGGUGAGGCUUAGCAAGAGGCUGGUGGAGAAUGCCGUCCUCAAGGCCGUGCAGCAGUAUUUAGAAGAAACACAAAACAAAACUAGGCAGGUGGAUGGAAGCCCUGUGAAAACUGAAGAACCCGCACACUCAGACACAAACGACAGUGAUAACAGGAAAUGAGAAUUGAUUGUCCCUUCUAAAAAUGCCUACGAGACACCUCCCAGCUUUGAUUCAUGAAGUCGCCUUGACUGACUUACCUUGUACUGGUUUUCAAAGUGUGUCUCGUAGAAACGUGGCCCCUGCCCUAAUACACUUUCCUAGGAGAGAUAUCUGCAAUUCUUAUAAGCAAAUAGAAUGCUGGGAACAAGGGGACGUGAGGCUAUGAGAAAAGACUUGAGUUCUGCCUACCCGUGUUUGCUAGAACGCCUUUAUGUUACAAGAGAGGUGGACAAGACUUUUGUCCACGCCAUGCAUGCUACAUUUAUGGUCAUGGAAGAGGCCUUACCAUAAGUGGAUAUAAUGCCAUCUGCCUUGCUGAACAGCGGGGUUUUUUGACUGCUUGUUCUGAGGCCAAAAAUCGCAAAUUCUGCCAUUACAAAGCCAACUAGUGCUAAGUUAAUCAUGGCCAUUGUAGAAGUGAUCACCAUCAGUGCAACCAUCCUGUAUGUAAUGUUUCUGACAUUUGUUCUGAUCAUCUUGCCUCCUUGCCGUUAUAGUUAUUUACAAUAAGAGAAACAUGUAAAUUCUAUUUUUUCACAUGAUGUUACCUUUUUCUAUAAGAUACGGACUGUUUUAAAGGCUUUUAAAAAUUCAGUUUUGAUAAGUCCUGUAUUUUCGUGUUUUUCAUUGACAUUCAUUAAGUGCAAAAAUAUGUGAUUUUUUUUCCCCCUAUAGGCAAGAAACCUGCCAUAAUCAUGGACUUAAUUAAGGAAGCUUUGCUUGGAGAAAGGCUGGGUGUGUUGUCCAAAGUCAAACAGAUAAAGGACCUUUUAUCAAAACCUGAGAUCCAGGCUCAAAUCAAGAGAGAGUUAUCUGAAGUAAGACUGAGCAGCAACAAUACUCAAGAAAAAACCUAUUGACGUCUGGUUUUUUAAUUAAAAUAUUUUCUAAAUUGCUUCUAAUAGUCAUCUCUUUCCUGAAAUCUUUUCAGACUUUAAUAUACCUCUUGGGUAAAGACAUCUCACUAAUUUUCCUCAUAUUAUUCUGCUGCUGGAAUACAUAAGAUUAUAAUUUCUGAUAGAAUAUGGGCUGAGCGAGCCCAGGAAUGCCAACAAACAUGUGCCAGCCUAUCUGACCCACACACUGUGCACUCUUGGGGUAGUGUUGCUUUGGGGAAGCACCUGAAUAGGAAUGAUCCUGUUUACUGAUUGGCUUUUCCUACUCCCUUGGGGAAAGAAUUAUUCCUACUAUGGAAUUAUAAAACCUUCCUUUCCAGAAACACAAGAUGGUCAGUUCCUUCAGACCUAACCAAGCACUGUGUUCAUUCUUUAACGCUGUAAACAAACAAACAAACUUCUUUUGGUUUUGCUUUCAAAGAGGUUUCUGUAGCCAGGUUGUAUGGGAAUGAAACCAGGAAUGUAGCUUUUAGAAAAGCAAAAGAUUGAUACUCUCUAAGGAAAGUAACAAAUUGGCUCAUGGCAUAUCAAAGUGACAACAAGCAAACAUUUGGGCAAGAAAUUAACCAGUGCAUAUGGGCAUUGGUGCUAGUUUAUUAUGUAGGGGUGCUGAUUCUAAACCAUCAAACUUUUCCACUAAACCAAUUUGUUUCUAUCAUAUUGGGAUUCAUAUCCCUGAGUAAAGUUUCUUAAUUUUCAGUCACUGGGCUCUCAGUCUAUUCAGAUUCCCAUCCCAUCAAAUCACUGAAAUCCAUUCUAGCUCUAGACAGACAAAUAAUAUAGAGAGAGAAAAUGCAGUAUUAUGGGGAAAGCUUGCCAUAUUAACAUGGCCUUAGUUUUUCAACAUGUAAACCAAAUGAAGUGUUUUUAAGUGAUCUGACUUUCCUAUGCAUCAUGUUCUUUUUUUUAUUUGGCAGUGUUUGUGCUCACAGUGUAUUGAUACUUGAAUACACAUUUUUAAAUGUAAUUAUUGUAGCCAGUCCUUGAGAGAUAUAGCAAACUCAAUAUGUAUUCUUGUUCCUCGGUAAAUAAUGAAUUCUGUAUUUUUAUUUCUUAAUAAAGAUAGAUUUUUAUUUUCUGCUUUUUGAAGUCAGUUCUGGGUCUUGUCUUUUAUGACAUGAAGCUCUUUGCACUAGUUCCUUGUUUUAAAAAGCAUCUGUGUCUGUUUGCCCAAAAUGUUUCUGGUUGAUUCCCCAGUCUUUUACUCUAUGGUGGCUGUAAAAUGUGUGCUUGCUGCUGAUUGAAAAUUGUGACAGAGGAAAAAUGAUUCAGAGUUUAGUUACGAAAUCAUUGCCUUCUGGGUCAUAUCUCAUGGGUUCUACUUUCUGAAUGGAUGAAUGACAGUGCAUUUGUUUAUAUAAAUGAAUUUAAGGCAUUUUCAUUCCUCCUAAUAAAGAUAUCAUUUGUU